UUCUCGUGUGCCUAUUGGUCCCGGAGAUGAUCCUGCGGAGUCGUGGGCGGAGCAGUCGGGGAGAUCCACAGCGGAUUGGGUGGUGUCAAAGCGAGGGGCGGGCCCCACCGGCCGGGCGGUUGGGCCGUGAAGGGAGAGUCUUUUCGGCGCUGAGGACGGGCGCUGAGGAGGCGGCGGUGGCUCCUGGGGCGUUUGAGCGGGCUCACUCGAGCCCGCGGGCCGACGCGGACGCAGGCCCAGCCGGCGGAACCGCCCCGGACUCCCCGCGGGCAUUCCUAGCCGCCAUGGAGGACGGUGUCUACGAGCCCCCAGACUUGACUCCAGAGGAGCGUAUGGAGCUGGAGAACAUCCGGCGGCGCAAGCAGGAGCUGCUGGUGGAGAUCCAGCGCCUGCGAGAGGAGCUGAGCGAAGCUAUGAGUGAGGUGGAGGGUCUGGAGGCCAAUGAGGGCAGUAAGACCUUGCAACGGAACCGGAAGAUGGCAAUGGGCAGGAAGAAAUUCAACAUGGACCCCAAGAAGGGGAUCCAAUUCUUGGUGGAACACGAACUUCUGCAGAACACACCUGAGGAAAUCGCUCGCUUCCUGUACAAGGGUGAGGGGCUGAACAAGACAGCCAUUGGGGACUACCUAGGGGAAAGGGAAGAGCUGAACCUGUCUGUGCUCCAUGCUUUUGUGGAUUUGCAUGAGUUCACCGAUCUCAAUCUGGUACAGGCCCUGCGGCAAUUCCUGUGGAGCUUUCGCCUCCCUGGAGAGGCUCAGAAAAUUGACCGGAUGAUGGAGGCCUUUGCCCAGCGAUACUGCCUGUGUAACCCUGGGGUCUUCCAGUCCACAGACACCUGCUACGUGUUGUCCUUUGCUGUGAUCAUGCUGAACACCAGCCUUCACAAUCCCAAUGUCAGGGACAAGCCGGGCCUGGAGCGAUUUGUGGCCAUGAACCGGGGCAUCAAUGAGGGCGGAGACCUGCCUGAGGACCUGCUCAGGAACCUCUAUGACAGCAUCCGAAAUGAACCCUUCAAGAUCCCUGAGGAUGAUGGGAAUGAUCUCACCCACACCUUCUUCAACCCAGACCGUGAGGGCUGGCUCCUGAAGCUGGGGGGCCGGGUGAAGACUUGGAAGCGGCGCUGGUUCAUCCUUACAGACAACUGCCUCUACUACUUUGAGUACACUACGGACAAGGAGCCCCGAGGGAUCAUCCCCCUAGAGAACCUCAGCAUCCGUGAGGUGGACGAUCCGCGGAAGCCGAACUGCUUUGAGCUUUACAUUCCCAACAACAAGGGACAGCUCAUCAAAGCCUGCAAAACCGAGGCGGAUGGUCGGGUAGUAGAGGGGAACCACAUGGUGUACCGAAUCUCAGCACCCACGCAGGAGGAGAAAGACGAGUGGAUCAAGUCCAUCCAGGCUGCUGUAAGUGUGGACCCCUUCUAUGAGAUGCUGGCAGCAAGAAAGAAGCGGAUUUCUGUGAAAAAGAAGCAGGAACAACCCUGACCCCUGUCCCCAACUCCAUUAUUUAUUUUGGAGGUGCCCCGCCUGGGUGGCAGGACCCCUGGGCCUUGGGGCUGUGGAUCCUGGUUCCCCAUUUGGAAAAUCACCACCUCGCUCCUGUCUCCUUAUUUGUAAUUAACAUGUUGGUAAUCUUAUUAAUUAUUGAA